AUGUUCUGCUAUGCCCAUGCAAACCAUGCAUACCAAAACAUACAAGCAGUAAGGCAAUGUUAUUAUCAUACAAACGAGUGUAAGGAUGUUAAUCCUAGCCCACCGACAGGAAUCUUAUGGAGGUUACUACCAAUUGUCUUCUUCAUCUUCGCCCGGACGCAUCAGGAACGGAUUGUCGUCCAGGUCGAGUGCUGGAUCUCCUUCAACUGUUUCGUCGUUACUAUUGUCGCCGGCAGUUUACUCCGGGGUCGAAGUGGGGUUCCUGCUCGCCGUUGUCUCUAG